UUAUUGUGUCUUUAGUGAAUUUAUUUAUGUGAAAAUGGUACAAACACGAGUUAUAGUGUACCUCAAUCAAACACCAAAUGAAAAACAAUCAAAUGGUGCGGAGAAAAAAGAAUUCUUCCAAUAUGGCGGCGAAGUAAGCGUGUUGAAUGAUAAAACUUUGCGACUCUUGUGCAGUCAAGAUUCGGGCAAACCUCAAGUGUUUGUGGCACAGAAACUGCACUUUGAUGCGCUCUCUUCUCAAAAAAAUGAUGAACACAGAGAGCGUGAGAUAAGCACACUACUUCACACCCUAUUCAUGGAUCGUAAAGAUUGCCUACUUAUGCAUUUAGCUGCUGAGCGUGGCUAUCAUCUGAUGUUUCUCGUCGACGCGCUCAUCAUUCAAGUCAAUGUGAAGCUUCAACAGGAAGCCUUGCAGCUAGAAAGUUGCUCUAUUCGCUACAAGCAGCUAGUUGAAGGAGCCAGUCCCAAUGGCCUGGACACACAAUGCAAUUUCUGUGACAUCAAACAUUUGAUGGGUUGGCUGCUAAAUGAGUAUCGCAUGCGCACUGCCGUCGCCAUGGGCCAUGAGGCACUGGAAGUCCAAUAUGUGGUUGCCAGUAAGCGGCACGGAACUCGCUUUAAAGUCAACUUCCACGUUCUGCUCGUAGCCAUAGAAGAGAUGUGCAUUGGAACUCUGUGCGGUCUGCGCUGCUAUUUAAGCCAUGACCCUCUCACGGCCGCCCUUUCAGUCACAGAGUUGACAACGUACAUACGUCAGGCGACUGAGGAGAACAGCAAUAAGCCUUUGUAUAUGCUCUUGUUGUGCCAUGUGCUGGUCACUGGCUCUCAGGUGAAUUGCAAAAAUGUGCAGCUGCUUGGCUUAGCGCACCUAGCCUAUAGAAAACAAGACUCUACUCAGGACCGCAUAGAAGCUCUCAACAUUACUCCGGCAGCUAAUUCGCCCAAAAACGAUGCUAUGAUAUUAAUAAAAGAGUUGAAGGUUUGCCACCAGGAAAUUAACGAUCGUUUCCAAUCACUCCAUGAUCAAUUGCUAACGUAUAUACAGCAGGAACAGCAACUAAGCCAUACUCAAUGCAAGAUGUUAAAAGACCGCAACGAUUUGUACGCUACCUUGUGUGCAUCCGAGACGAAACUUAGUCACUUGAGGAACCUAGUAGGGAACGUUGCUCGCAACUAAUAUGUUUCCUAUGCCAAUUAU